AUGCGAGACAAACCGAACCGAACCGAGACUGAGUGCGAGACGAACCGGGACGAACCGAGACCGAAUUCUCGCGGGGACUCGCAUGAACUCUCGCUACUCGCGGGACAGGGUGCCUUGCAAGGCGACACUCUAGUCGCAGCCACUAUCAUUCCACCUGUUCAACAACAAUACGUCGCUGUUGCAUUCUCUCAUGAUAAGGCAAUGGGGAACGAUUCAGUCAGCGAGUGUGUUAUCAGCGACAUUGGUGAAUUCGUUGGAUACGAACCGGAAGUUUAUGUUUCAUUUAAUAAAGGAAAAUCAAACGACCGCGUGUUCCUGAACGACGAUGAACACGACACACAAUUCAGUGAUUUGGCUGGAGAAGUGGUUGACACAAGACUCGUUUGCGAGUUCACUCAACAGAUAAUGCCACAAAUUGAUAAUAAGAAUGGACUCAUUUGGAAUCUGAAUACCCCAUUUUAUGUGAUGGCAGCGACUGGGUCCGCUCAACCUGAUGAAGUGAAUGCCCAUGAACUGAACCGAGAUUCCCACUCAUUUCCAAUCACUUCCGAGGAGACAUUCAAUCCAAUCACUUUUGGAAAUAAUUUCGACCACCCCAACGGAUUCACCCUCAAAAUCAACACGAAUCGAAUCGAAAAACGUCCGAUGCGUCCAACAGAAGCACCAAAAGCGUCUGCUUCUCUGAUACCUCUCAUCUCAUUUGUUCUCUCACUCAUUAUGAUUUUCUAG